UCUCUACAAUUUACAGACCGGAUAUAGAACAUUUGUUGCAAGGUUCACGUCCAUGGUUACCGGUGGUAGGCUUGGCUUCUUUUACUGCCCAGCCUGAGGUCGCUGUCUACUAAAUUACUGAAGGGGAACUCAUUAAGGAAAUACGAAAGGUUCAGGGAUUCAAACCGAUUCAGAGGAACCGCAGCUGGCUGGUUAUUUGGCCAGUUUAACUUGACAGGUCCAAGUGCUGUCUGUGAGUUAAGUUUGCGCGUGCUACGUCCUUCCUUGCAAAAGGGUUGUAAAACAUUUCCAAAGUCAGCUUUCAAACAUUUAUUUGCUGUUGUAAAGUGAGUAACGUUACUAUCUGGAAAGCUAACAUAACAUUAGCUUGCUAGCUACCUUACUCAUUGAUAUGGCACACUUGCUGUCAGUCCAAACAAGGAUAACACUAAGGAAGCAAGGAAACUUCAUAAAUCCAACAGCUUCAACGGCCUUGAGGACUGCUUUACGUGAAUACAGCAGUGACGAUGGAACAGAGUACUUGCAUAAAAGUAUUGUUCCUACAAUGCACUAUCAGAAGAGCUUACCGAGGUUACCUGUCCCUAAACUGGAGGAUACCAUACGUAGGUACUUGGCAGCCCAGAAGCCCCUCCUAAAAGAAGACCAGUAUAGCACCACAGAAAAGCUGGCUCAGAGCUUUCAAAAUGGUGUGGGAAAACAACUGCACGAGGAGCUUGUUAAUCAAGACAAGAACAACAAGCAUACCAGUUACAUCUCUGCGCCAUGGUUUGACAUGUACCUCUCAGCCCGAGAUUCCGUGGUUUUGAACUUUAACCCGUUCAUGUCCUUCAACCCGGACCCAAAGCCAGAGUACAACGACCAGCUCCUCCGGGCCACCAACAUGGUAUGCUCUGCAGUGCGGUUCAUGAAGACCUUGCGAGCCGGUCUACUGGAACCAGAGGUCUUCCACCUCAACCCAGCCAAGAGCGACACAGACAGCUUCAAGAAACUGAUCCGCUGGGUGCCGUCCUCCAUCUCCUGGUUCGGGGCCUACAUGGUGAACGCCUACCCGCUAGACAUGUCGCAGUACUUCCGUCUGUUCAACUCCACACGCAUCCCCAAGCCAAAGCGCGACGAGCUGUACACGAACGACAAAGCGCGGCACCUGCUGGUGAUGAGAAUGGGCAACAUGUAUGUGUUCGAUGCAGUGGACAGAGACGGCAAUCUGGUGAAGCCAGCUGAGAUCCAUGCCCACAUGAAGUACAUCCUGUCGGACACUGCUUCAGCCCCGGCGUUCCCGUUGGGGGUGCUGACCAGCGAGAACAGGGACGUCUGGGCGGGACUGCGGCAGAAGCUAGUGGCUGCCGGAAAUGCAGAGGUCUUGGGUCUGGUGGACAGUGCCCUGUUCUGCCUCUGUCUGGACGAGGAGGUGAUGCGUGACCACAUCCACAUCUCCCACAACAUGCUGCACGGGGACGGCUUGAACCGCUGGUACGACAAGUCCUUUAGCAUCAUCUUGGCCAAGGACGGGCAGGCGGCCAUCAAUUUCGAGCACUCCUGGGGUGACGGGGUGGCCGUGCUGCGCUUUCAGAACGAGGUGUUCAAGGACAGCACUGAGAAGCCCCUCGUGGGACCUGGCUCCCAACCCGCGGCAGUGGACUCGGCGUCCGCCGUGCGGCGGCUAGAGUUCAAGCUGGAUGCCGCCCUGGAGAGCGGCAUCGCCAAGGCCAAGGAGAACUUCACCGCGGCUGUGUCCAAGCUUAAGAUCGACGCUGUGCAGUUCAUGAAAGGAGGCAAAAACCAGCUGAAGAAGAAGAAGCUGAGCCCGGACGCCAUCGCCCAGCUCUCCUUUCAGAUGGGUUACCUGCAGCAGUACGGGCAGACUGUGGCCACCUACGAGUCCUGCAGCACUGCUGCCUUCAAGCACGGGCGCACAGAGACCAUUCGGCCGGCCACCGUCCACACCAAACGCUGUGUAGAGGCAUUCGUCCAGCAGCCGGGCAAACACAGCGUGGAUCAGCUGCUGGGCCUGCUGAAUGAAUGCUCCAAAUACCAUGGACAGCUCACCAAAGAGGCAGCUAUGGGCCAAGGUUUCGAUCGGCAUCUGUUUGCAAUGCGUUACCUGGCAAACACCAAGGGCAUGGCAUUGCCUGACAUCUACCACGACCCUGCCUACGCCGCCAUCAACCACAACAUCCUGUCCACCAGCACCCUCACCAGUCCUGCAGUGAGCCUGGGGGGGUUUGCCCCAGUGGUGCCAGACGGCUUUGGGGUGGGCUACGGAGUCCAUGAUGACUGGAUCGGGUGCAACGUCUCCAGCUACCCAGCCAGAAACGUGCACGAGUUCCUGCAGUGUGUCCACAAGUCAUUAGAGGACAUUUUUACGGUCAUUGAAGGCAAACCUAUCAGUUAAAGCACUGAAAUGGAGACCACAGGUAGAUGAAUGUCCAGGUGUUAAAUGGACUUACAAGAUUUACUGAAAGAAUGCAACUUUUCCUACUGACUUGAUUCAUGGUUAAUUCAGGCUGACGUCACAUUGCCAUAAUAUGAAUGUGUUUUGAUUCACAUGAGGGGUGCCUUUUUUAACUGAGCUGCAUUCAGUUGAAAUGUAUUCAACUCUCGUCCUUUCUCAAGGCUGUAUGUUAGUAUUGUUUGCGCAAUUAAAAAGCAGGAAAUGAUCUUAGGCAAUGAUAUAACAUGGCCUUAUAAAUAUAUAAACUAAGUCUCAAAGCAUGCUGGAGUAGCUCAGGAAAGUGUUAGAAGUGUUCCCUCAGUUUUGUAAAGUUACACAAACUACCAAUGUUAUGUGAACUAAGCCCUGAAGCAAUCUGCAUUGAGCCAUUGGUCCAUAUGUCCUACAUAUGACCAAAGUGUGGCAUUGGUUUAAGCAGAGAACUCACUGAAGUAAGAAACUCAUGUUUGCGUGUUGUGUAGAUAGACAUGUGUUUUAAGAGGGAAAAUAGAUACUAACAGGAUUGUAUAUAUAUAUUAUACAUACAAGGACUUACCAGUUAAGAGAGGAGCUAAAGUGCUCAUAAGAUCAGCCUAUGAAAAUGAUUCCUGCAAACAUUUGUACUCCAACCUGGAUAGUUUGAUGACCAGGGCCCAGUUUUUCAAAAGUAAUCCAGUGGGACUUUGGGUCACAGAUUGAAUCAAAUCUUGGAAAUGGGUUUUUCAAAAGCAAAAGAGGGAUUCUGAACUAAGAUCAGAGCAUGUAAUCCAAUCUUACAUUUGAUCUGGAUCAAACCUGUCUGGGUUUUUCAAAACUUUGAAUUCUGUUUGGGAUCUAUUUAAUCAAAAAAACAGGAUUAUCCUGAUCCCAUCAGAAGAUUGGAUUCAGUUGUGAUUUUUCAAACCAAAUAAAAUAAGAUUUUGAUGAA